GGUAUUUUCCCACCCAAUGGAGAUACACAAAAACUCAAGCGUGGGCUAUUGAAACUGUGUUUUGAAAUGUCAAGUGCAUUGCCAGCUUUACGACGACAAAACAUUCUGCUGUUGUAAAGUGGAUAUUAUUUAGGACAAAGUCAUGUCGCAGCCACAAGAAAACGGUGCGGUACCCAGACAGAAGUCCCUGAAACCACCAACGCCGUCCUCCUCGUUCAGGAAUAUCGCGCAGAAGAGACUGGCUAGCGGUGCCAGUCUGAAAGAAAAUGCUGCACCCGAACGCUUGGGAGCAAAGCGACUCAAGGUCGGCGCGUCCACUCUUGCAAAAAAGCCGCCAGGUUUGACCAGAUCAGCAUCCACUCUGCUACAUCCUUCAACCGGUGGUGCUGCAAAAGCAUCCUCCUCUCAGACCUCGCUGCGAUCAGCAGCCUCUGCGGUGUCACUCGCCGUGUCCGCUCCCAACAAAAGAAAACCAUGGGAUCUCAAGGGCCGCGUGGCGGACUUGGAGGAGAUGCUGAAAACCAUAUCGGGCGACAAGAAGCAGCUUGCCAUCGCUCACCAUGAAACCAGUGAGCAGGCUGAAGGCAUGCGAAAAACAAUUGCUGAACUUCGCGCGCGAGCAGAAGGGAAGGAAGCCCUCGAGGUGGAGAACAGCAACCUCAAAGCCCUCCUCGAAACUGCAAAGCAAGAGGCAGCAGUGGCAUUAACAAGAGUGGCUGCACUUCAGCUUGAAAAAUCCUCACUCGAAGCUACCAUUGUGGAUUUGACGUCUUCUACAGCUGGGCUCAGGACUCAGAAUUCGGCUCUUUCUUCUCUCUACGAGACUGCCCAAGACCAGAUCCAGUCACUGAAGGCCGCACAGGAAGAGCUGGAGAGUAAAGUGGCAAGAAUAGAAGCAGAGCUUGAACAGUCGGAGGAGACGCGCAGGGCACUUCACAAUGACCUGCAAGAACUAAAAGGCAACAUCAGGGUCUUUUGCCGUAUGCGUCCCCUGCUGGACUCUGAGAAAUGUGCUGGGUGUGAGCCGGCCACAAUAACGUUCCCUGAUGAAAGAUCUGUCGAGGUGGUGAAAGUUGACCCUCAGACGUCGCGACCCAAGACCCACACUUUCAGCUUCGACAAGGUCUUCCCUAGUGGUUCACAGCAGGCAGAUGUCUACAAAGAGGUGUCCCAUCUUGUCCAGUCAGCGCUUGAUGGCUACAACGUGUGCAUCUUCGCUUAUGGACAAACUGGUUCGGGAAAAACGUUCACUAUGCAAGGCCCAGAAGCCGUACGCCUGUGUGCAGAAGACAAAGAUCUCGUCGGCUUGAUCCCACGAGCCUUGAGGCAGAUUUUUGACGUCUCUCAGAAACUGCAAGGGCAACACUGGGUAUACACUCUCACUGCUUCAUUUCUGGAAGUGUACAAUGAAGAAAUAAAAGACCUCUUGGUUGACAAACCAAACAAAAAGUGUCCCACAAGUUGCCAGUUGAAGACGUCAAAGUCUGAUGGUUCCGUGAUUAUCAGCAACAUCACAGAGGUGCAGGUCAUGUCAGCUGAUGAGAUCUAUGAGCUUCUGAACCGUGCCCAGAAGAACAGGAGCACCGGGGCCACGCAGUCCAACGAGCACUCGUCGAGAUCUCAUUCCGUGUGCCGGCUUCGAAUUACCGGUAGUAACACACGAUCCGGUCAGGGCUGCAAAGGAACUUUGAAUCUCGUGGACCUCGCGGGCAGUGAGCGACUCAGCAAGUCUAAGGCUGAAGGUGUCAGACUCGCAGAGACUAAAAACAUCAACAAGUCUCUGUCGAACCUGAGCAAUGUUAUCCUGGCCCUUUCGAGAAAGGAUGACCACAUCCCGUACAGGAACAGCAAGCUGACCCACCUGCUGAUGAACAGUCUAGGUGGAAACAGUAAGACCUUGAUGAUGCUGAACAUCUCCCCCACUGAGGACCACCUAGGGGAAACAUUGACGUCAUUACGCUUUGCCGCAAAGGUCAACGACUGCAGCAUUGGCACUGCCCAGCAGAAUGUUCAGAUAUGAAUGUCCAUUGCCGCACAUUUUUAUUUGCUUUUAUUUGUUUUUAUUUGCCAUCAUCCCUCCUUCACAUGACUUUAAGUGGUGCUGUUUAGCAUCUGUAUGAUUGUAUAAAGCAGUUCUUCCUUUUCCUGCUGCAAAACAUAAAUGUAAAAAAAAAAAAAAAAACACUUUGGAGGCAGGGAGAAAACAAAGCCUGGUGACACAAUGGUCACUCUUGCUUUUAUCAAUUUUAGUUUUAGAUAGGUUUUAAGUGCACGGCAUCACCAAAUAGCUCCAAGAGAGCAUUAUAGCUAUUCCACUGAUACCAGUGAGAUGUGCAGUGGUAGACAAGAAUUAAAGUGCAGUUAUUUCUG